CUCCGCUCCGCCCCCACUGCGUUUCCGCCCACGCUUUUGUGCUCCCCUCCUCCUGCUCCCCGCCCCCAAGAUCCCAUCCAUGGUGGCGGCCUCGACGCCUCUCUUCCGGAUCUGAAAUCCUCCGCAGCCAUUGCGGGAUCUGUACCUGGCGCCCCGACCGCCGCACGGGCUGCGGCGACCAACCCGGUUCGUUCGUUGCCUUGCAAGAUUUGCUUUGCCGCUGCGUGUCCUGUAUGGGUGGUAGGUAGUGGGUUACUUCUCCCUGCUCCGUCCUUGGCUCCUUGAAAUGGGUGCCUGACGCGCGGGGGUCUGCGCCACGAGGUGUUUGCUGCCGCCAUGUGGAAGGGCUUCAUUGGCAAGCUCUCGGGGAAGGCGCCCAAAUCCGGCGGCGGCGGCGGAGGGUGGGGCUCCCCUCCUUCCAAGUCCCCGACGUCGUACGGCGCCAACGGGGGGCAGUGGGACCCGAUGAGGUCGUCGCCUCCGCUCCCGGUGGUCGCCGGGGCAGAGGGGGACACCAGGGAGGACGUGUUCCUCCGGAAGGUGACCGUCUGCUGCGUGCUGUUCGACUUCUCCACUGACCGGGUAGGCCGGGACUCUCCGGAGAGGGAGAGGAAGCGGCAGGUGCUGAUGUCGCUCGUUGACUGCGUCGGCGCCGCGGAGGAGCCCCUCACGGAGGCGAUGGUCUCGGCAUGCGUGGGCAUGUUCGCCAUCAACCUGUUCAGGGUCUUCCCGCCCAAGGUCCGGCCAGGCGCCGGGGGAGCUGCGGAGGCCGACGAGGACGAUCCAUUCUUUGACCCCUCAUGGUACCACCUACAGGUCGUGUACGAGCUGCUCCUCCGGUUCGUCAUGUCUCCGGUUGUCGAUGUCAAGGUGGCUCGCAAGUACGUCGACAAUUCCUUCAUCUCUAGGCUGCUUGAUUUGUUAGAUUCCGAUGAUCCUAGAGAAAGGGAUUGCUUGAAGACAGUCUUGCAUAGGAUAUAUGGGAAAUUCAUGGGCAAUCGCCCGUUCAUCCGCAAGGCCGUGAGCAAUAUCCUAUAUAGGUUUGUGUCCGAAGACGAUCAUCACAAUGGGAUUGCCGAACUCUUGGAGGUGUUUGGGAGCGUCAUUAGUGGGUUUGCAAAGCCACUCAAGGAGGAGCACAAGUUAUUUCUCUGCAAGGCAUUGAUUCCUCUUCAUAAGCCAAAGGCAGUAGGCAUGUAUCUGCCGCAGUUGACGUACUGCAUUACACAGUUUAUUGACAAGGAACCGAAGCUCUCAGGUACUGUGAUCAGAGGCCUGUUGAAGUACUGGCCAGUGACAAACAGUCAGAAGGAGAUGAUGUUCUUGGGGGAGUUGGAGGAGGUGCUGGAAUUGACAGAAAUGCCCGAGUUCCAGAAGUGUAUGGUUCCAUUGUUUCGGAGGGUUGCGCACUGCCUCAAUAGCUCUCAUUUUCAGGUUGCUGAAAGGGCCUUGUACCUGUGGAACAAUGAACACGUGUUCAAUUUGAUCUCUCGAAACCACCAAGUUAUCUUGCCAAUCAUAUAUCCAGCCCUGGAAAGAAAUGCUCGUUUACACUGGAACCAAUCGGUUCUGAAUGUUACAAUGAAUGUCAGGAAAAUGUUCUUUGACAUGGAUCAGAAAUUGCUGUUGGCUUGUCAGAAAAAAUUUCAAGAGGAGGAAGAGAAGCAGGCCGAAUCUGAGGAGCGGAGAAGGCUUAUAUGGGAGCACCUUGAGAGGAAUGCCGCGUUCCAUCCAGUAGCUGGAGACAUCAGCUUUGCUGUUACUAAAUCUGCUCCUCUGGUAGCUCCCACUAUGACAUGAUAUGUUAAUGUGCUCAAAUGUUCUCCAUUCCACUCGAUCCAUAGCGCUAUGGGCACUUGUGCAGGGCAUUUUAUUAACUUUGUGCCCCUUGUUCCAAAGUCUGUAAUUAAUAUUUUCUUGUCUGAGGAUAAACCUUGAUUCUUUCAUGGUGUACUCUCAAGUGAUGGACAUUUCACUAUUUGAAAAGAUAAUGCCCAAUUAAAGUCAAAUUGAUUCAGUUAAAAGAAAAGGUCAAGUUGAUUGUUCCAUGAAACAGCUGCGGAGAUGGGAGACUGAAAAUUCAGCUGGUGUCAUGUAGAUGACAUGAUGUUUUGCUGUUUACAGAUUCUGAUGAAUCUGUUCUCCAAGCUUGAUGUAUGAACAGGUCAGUCCACAGUGCUUUCCAUGAUUUGAUAACUCAACUACAUUGUCUCUUUGCCUGCUCAGACUAGCAAAUUUGAACUUCACACACAAGGCGUUGCUAGAUGAUUUUGAUAUUGGGCAUCUUACCAAUUCAUGACAAGAUCAUCACUGAAUAAUUAAGGAGUAUCAGUCUUGGUACUUGUAUGUGUGCUUAUGGUCCCUGGUGCAACUAGCAACCACCUACUAAUGAAUGCAAGGGGGACCUAAGACACCUAAAUAUUCAAUGUAAAUCAAUUCCAUCCAGCUACAAGUUCAGUGCACAUUUCUGUCAGAUGGAUACUCUAUAUGAAAGAUGUCUGAUCAUGGCACCGCUAUGGAUUUGGUCCCAUCCAAUUAUGAUGUAACCUGACUAGUUAUCCACAAAAAGGUACUCUUUCAGGUUUUGUGUGAUAAGCUUGAUAGUCAGUACAGUACUUAAUACUAAUGUCAUUGACUUGAGUACUGAUUCCAAGGAUCUAAAAGUACAUAUACUGAUAAAAUCAAGAGAUAUUUUAUUAUGGUAUUUUCCAUACAUUUACUUAUUGAAAAAGAACUGUAUUAUAUAAGAAUGUUUACUAUUAAAAAAAUUGUGCUAUAUCUAUUGCACUGACAAAUAACAUAUCAACCACCACAAUUUUGUUUCAAGUCCUUGCUGUUUCCACUGGUGCUUGAAAGUGAAUCUGACACUUUGCGAGCUCUAGUUUGGACUCUAUAAAAGAAGGCCUCACAGGCUUACACCCAGACAGAUAACUGCUGUCCACUCCAUAUAUCUUCCUGCUUUGUUCUCCAGAUACUUGUGCAGAGAUAGAUCAACAUGUACAACCCUCCGAGUACGCAGGACAUGUCCUACUAUGGUCAUGUUCAGAAGCGCCAUGAGGAGAAAGGUUGCUUAUAUGCAUGCCUCUUUACGCUGUGCUGCUGCUUCUGCUGCUACGAGACUUGCGAGUGUUGCAUGGAGUCCAUCUGCUGUUGCGGCUAGUUUAGCUCGACGGAGUCAUCAUGGAGAUGUAUGGCCAGCUCAAAAUUCAUCGCUAUCCUGUAGAUGAUGCCCGUGUCGUUGCGCCCUCGGUAAACAGCCAGUAUUGCUUGCUCAAAUAAAAACUGGCGACUGUUGUUGUGUGUUUUCCUUUGAUGGUGAAAUGCUCUGCCAAGUGCUAUUGUUUGUAAGAGAGGUCCUCCGGUAUAUACUUUGUAAUUUUUCAAUUACAGAAGUGCUCAGCUCCUGCUUUCUUGGUCCA